AUGGCUUUGGAUUCUCCAAAAAGUAUGGCAAGCAUGCCAAGAAAAGCGGAACUACUAGGCACGGUCGGCAUACCUGGAGAUGGAAGAUGUUUGUUUCGGUCUGUGGUUCAUGGUGCUUGGCUUAGGGCUGGGAAACCAUCUCCAAGCGAAAGCCUUGAGAAAGAACUAGCUGAUGAUCUCAGAGAUAAAUGUUUGGCCCUCUUACUGAAACGCCUUGGAUCAUUUCAACAGGUUGCAGAUGAAUUUAUAAAGAGGCGGAGGGACACUGAAUGGUUUCUUGAAGAUGAUUUUGACACUUAUGUUGACCAGAUGAGACAGCCCCAUGUUUGGGGAGGAGAGCCUGAGCUGCUCAUGUCCUCACAUGUCCUGACGAUGCCAAUCACUGUAUACAUGCGAGAAAAAGGUUCUGGUAGCCUUAAAAUUAUAGCAGAAUAUGGUCACGAGUAUGGUAAUGAAAAUCCUGUGCGUGUACUGUAUCAUGGUUAUGGGCACUAUGAUGCAUUGCGCAAUCUGAUUGGUGGUGCACAAACCAAGAAAGCUGUUGAAAAAACUGUGCGAUGCGAAUCUGACAAAUAUUAUGCAUUGCUUAUCUUUGUCCAAGAAAAGAUGAAGAAGAAACGGUUUGCCUGCCAUUUCACAAUAUGGGAUGUACUGCUUUCUGGUCUAAAGAUUUCUUCGUACUUGAAAUUAUCUUAUUCCUUAAAGGACUUGAAGCGAUUCAAUAUGAAUAUUACACAGAAAUUUGAUGGGUUUGCAAGAUGCAAUUGCGCCUAA